CGAGAGCAGAAGCUUCACUUUCCCUUGGCCCGGAGGAAGGGCCUCCUUUUGUGAAAUAACAUCAAAUGAUCGGAGUGUGAUGUCACACCUCUCUGGAGCAAAGGGGCGUUUCAUCGAGUUUCAAACGCAUUGAACAAGGAUUCGCCAAGGAUACCCAUGUGAGUGCACACGACCAAUCAGAGCUGUUCCCAAGACGAACGAAAAGUCGAUUGGAGUGGAAUAGCGUCAUUUGAAUGCCUGUCUUCUAAACAGACGAAUUUGAACAGGAAUUCUCAUUGGCCAGAGCUCCGGUGGAGAGGCGGGGCAAGUUGGCAUCAUGAAUGUGGGCACGGCACACAGCGAGGUGAACCCCAACACACGGGUGAUGAACAGCAGGGGCAUCUGGCUCUCCUACAUCUUGGGUAUCGGCUUGCUGCACGUCAUCCUGCUCAGCAUCCCCUUCGCUAGCGUGCCCAUGGUGUGGACGCUCACCAACCUCUUACACAAUCUGUGCAUGUACCUCCUGCUGCACACUGUGAAAGGAACCCCGUUUGAGACUCCGGAUCAGGGCAAAGCUCGUCUCCUCACUCACUGGGAGCAGAUGGACUAUGGACUGCAGUUCACAGCCUCACGCAAGUUCCUCACCAUCAUCCCUAUUGUCCUAUACAUCCUCACCAGCUUCUACACCAAAUACGACCGGGUCCACUUCGUGGUCAACACCGUGUCCCUCCUCACUGUGCUUAUCCCCAAACUCCCCCAGCUUCACGGCGUCCGCAUCUUCGGCAUCAAUAAGUAUUAACGGGGCGCAGAAGGACGUCCCGUUCCUCCCGAGUCCCCGCAGACUAGGGCCACAGAGCGCCGCCACGCCCCUGCCUUGGCUUGGAGCCUGUUUGGAUCUUGCUGCUCUGGGUCUCCAGGCUGCUAAGCAGGCCUCCAGAUGAAGACCACCGGGGAUAGAGGGGAUAGCAUAUACAGGAAACAGACAGAAUACACUCUGGACAAUUGCUGGGCUGGCUUCCCACAAUGUAGCUCCCUAAGCACACGUUGCCGUGGCGGUGUAUUUGUACUUCUUCGUUCUCCAGGAACAUUGAAAAAGAAGCCUCCAGAAAUAAGAAGUGUUAGAUUUUUUUGAAUUUUUUUUUUUUUUGGGGGGGGGGGGGGGGGGGGGGGGGGAUCAACCCAGUAGAGGAGAGAAUAAUAGAGCUAUUUAGUCAGAAUGUAAGAUGGAACCAACGCAUUUAAACUCACAUAGUCAAUCUUCUGUUACGUCUUCCCCCAGCUGGAGCUUGGUUCGCCCUGUCAUCCUGCCUCAGCCAGGUCAGAUGAAAGCAGACACACAGUAGCCAGACAGGAGGACAGCCUUUGACAGCUGUGAACCGUCACAGUGCAUCAGUGAGGCUCAACAGGCCCCACAGCUUAUGUUCAAUUGUAUAUUUAGCUCCAACCAGUCAACGUCUAAGCAUGGGAAGUUAUAAGAAUGCUUGUUUUUAUAUGGCCGCUUCCAUAUUUAGAUCUCCUUGUCCCAUAUUUUGUGCCAGAGCAAACUUCCUGUUCUAAGCCAAGGCAGUAAUCUAGUGAGUAGGCAUGCUCAGUCCCUUCAAGCUCAUUCCAUCAGCGGCUCUCAGUUACUAUAUUUGCAUUAUAGUUUGUUUCCCCAAGGCUAGUGAUGCAUAGAUAGUGUUAAGCAGCAUGUUGAAUAACCAUAUUUUAGAAUAUUAGCAAAUAAUGGAUUAGUAUGGGUUUUAUGAAUACCUAGGUUAUCAUUUCUGUUUGAAAUCAAGUAUUUGAAAGAUCUACUGUUUUAUCAGUCACUGGGUACAGUAGAAGUCAGGUUUUGAACAGAAAGGCCAAUUUGUCACAAAGAACGCUUGCUUUUCACCAGGGGGGCCUGCUUACCACACAGUGACCAUGCGUUGUAGCCAUCAUGACUCAAGACAGGAAACCUAAAAGUGAUGGUGGGUUUGUGUCUGUGUUUGUGUCACACAAAGCUUUUCUUAGCGCUGUCAGAAUUGUUAGCUUCAAAGGGAAAUAAAAGUUUGUGUGCGAAUGCUUUCGACACAGCCUACCUUGAGUAGUAAAAGAAGAAUGAAUACUUCAUGUAAAAGGUUCAAAGAAAACAAUGUUUCUCAAGACUUUGCCUUAGCAAGCCUUUAAUCGUUAGUUUAAAUGACCAAUUAUUUACGACCUUAACACGUGAAUGAUGUAUUAUAAGUGAGAAAGUAAGUCCAUUGUCCAGUUGUAAUGUAGGCAGUGCUGAACAGUACCAAGGUGGAACCUGAGAAAUAAGACUCUUAGAAUGUUCGAUUUGAGGGGAAAAAAGGGCAUGAUAAACCAAAGGGCCAUUUCAGAGUCUCCAGCAUCGUGCAUGUUUUUGAAGGAAUAUGUACCUUUUGUACAUAGCUUUUGAGAAUUAACUAAAUCAAAGGUAAAUAUUAGUUUAAUCGUGGUAUCAAAGAAAAGCUACAAUGUCACUUUUUACUACAUAAAUAAGUAGUAACAAAGGAAAAACUGUAUUUUCUCCUGAGUGAGUUUAUAUUAAUGUUGCCACAGAACAUGUCCUGACAAGUAGUGGGUGUAGUAAGCCUUUGUUUACAGCAAGGUUCAUGUGAUAGACCUGAAACUGAUUCCAAAACAGCUUCAAGCUAUCUAAGCUGGUUCCAUCUGAAGUCAACUUUAGUAGACAAUAUCAACAGUUAUACUUUUUUUUGGUUGGAAGUAUAGUAUACAGUGCAGUGAACACAGUUUGGGAAUACUUUGAACUUGACAGUUUCUAGAAGUCAUGGUGACAAAGCUACAGCACAGCUCUCUGCAAGUUGUAACUGGUUGUAACUGGUUGUAACUGGGUGUAACUGGACCUAUUUGGUAAUCUCCUGAAUCAGACUGAUCUAUGAGGCGUUAACAGCAUUCACUUUUUCAAUCUGCCACUAUCAGUAUUAGGCUAAGUAUCAUGUUUACUUAUUUAAGAUCUUGUUUAAUCCUAUUUUCUUAUAGCACUUCUCAAGCUUAUAUAUUCAACAUUAAAUGUUUGUUUUAAAUACAGUACCACAGGGUACUUUCAUUAUGUAAGCUAGCUUCAAUUGCUGCAAUGUGAAAGAUUACUUGAUUCCUUUACAUAUUAACCAGCCUUACAGGAAAACGAGGAUCUUUGAUCUCAGAGGCCCUCACGUGAUCUUCCACCCUGGCUUGACACCCAACGAGGCCUACACAUCUAUGUGCUAUAAUCUGGUCUUUAUUUUGGCAUUAUAACCUGAAACCAACUGGCAUUUGAAGGCAUGUUACCCAAAGCCUGCUUGUUAAACAUUGAUUGGGUGAGAGUGGUGUUGAUAGGAGUGAGGUAUCACGUAUCCUCAUCCACUCAGGGGUACUGAACACACAGAGCUGCCAUGUAGAGCAGGGGGCAGAGCAGGGGUUACUCUUCACCGGAGGGAAGUGCACUUCUCUGAAGGGCAGCCGAGUUGUACGUUACUAUACAUGUGAUGCAUAUGAUUUUGAAUUGGACCUUUUGCUCAACUAGAUUUGAGAACAGUGUUGUUUAAUGCAUUUGAAUGAUUUACAGUAAAGUAUAUGGUACUGGCCUACAAAUGUAA